AAUAGGUUUUAUAUUAAAAUACACUUAAAGUUACUGUUGAAACGUUUUAUUGUUGCAAAGGUAUUACGGAGCCUUUAUUUUGAAAGCAACCCAGUAACAGGAAGCACAUUGUGUAAACACAACGAGAGAAUUUUUGUGUAAACACAACGUGAUGGCGUGUUUGUAUCACCGCAUGGCUGUUAAUUCUUGAAUAAUCCUUUGUGUGUGUAUCCCUCAGAAAGCAAUGACUUUUCACUCUGAUUCAAUGCUGUCAACCUGACUUACCUGCUGUUGAAGAAGUCAAUAAAGGAGCAUGCACGCUCACUUCCUGGCUCUUGAAAAGGAGUUUGGCUGGCUGUUUAUCUAUGUUAACACUUUGGAAGUAUAACACAUAGAGAGAACAGUACAGUGAAAAGUCAUACUGUCAGAAGGAUUCAUCUGCCACAGUUAUGGAAGCCCAGACAACACAAAAGGAUGAAAAAGCAUCAUCAGCGCCCAGCUCCAAGGGCACAUCUUCUUCCAAGUGCUCAGUGGCUAGUGCCGCUGCUAUGGCCAGAGCUGCAGCUGAAGCCGCACACACCAGAGUCACAUUCGCACAAAAAGAGUUGGAAUUGAAGAAACAGAAAGCCAAGUUAGAUUUGGAAAAGGCUACACUACAAGCAAACCUAGAAGCACUAGAACUGGAAAAAGAAGCUGCUGCCGCCAACGCAGAGGCUGAAGUUUUAGAGGCUGCUGCAAGAAAAGAAUGUGAGGACAUGCACAGCGUCGUCGGGAGUGACGUCUCACCACAGUCAAUUCGACAGCGAACAGAAGCAUAUUUGGAACAUCAGGCUCAGGUCAGCUUCAAACCAAACACACCUGCCUCAGACACACCGCCCCCUCCCCAUAUCACAGAGACACAGCCACUGACAAGGCAGGAGGUCCCUGAAUCAAGUCCCGCCUACAACCAUGAUGGCUCGCCCACAACGUCAAAACAGUACGUAUCAACACCUGUGCACCAGACACACCCGCCUGAGCACCCAAGCCAUUAUUCAGACCAUUCUCCUAGGUACAACGCACAGGGCUCUGCUAUUACUCCAUCUUCUAACAUGAUAGACUUUGCUAAAUAUCUGGCUCGCAGGGAGUUAAUAACAACAGGUCUUACUAAAUUUGAUGAUCGGCCUGAGAGCUUCAGAGCAUGGCAGUCCUCCUUCUUUAACGCCACUCAGGACUUAGACCUAUCAGCUAGUGAAGAGUUAGAUCUACUGGUAAAAUGGCUGGGAAGGGAAUCAUCUGAACAUUUUAAAAGAAUUCGAACAGUACACGUCACCAACCCUCAAGCGGCGCUUCGGCUGUCUUGGACAAGAUUCAGAGAGUGCUAUGCCAACCCUGAAGUGAUAGAGAGUGCUCUAUUCAGGCGGCUGGAUAAUUUUCCCCGUCUUACUUCAAAGGAGAACAUUAAACUAAGAGAACUUAGUGACCUGCUCAUGGAGCUGCUCUCAGCUAAAGAAGACGGGUACUUACCUGGACUCAGUUACCUUGACACACCUCGGGGCAUUAACCCCAUCGUUGAAAAGUUGCCACCAAACUUACAAGAAAAAUGGCUGUCUAAAGGGUCAAGGUAUAAAGAACAUCACAGAGUUUGUUAUCCCCCGUUCUCUUUCUUUGCCGACUUUGUCAGCAGUGAGGCAAAGGCCUGAAAUGAUCCCAGCUUUGUCUUGAUGAACAGCAGCCGUACCCAUUACCAUAAUGAAAGGCCCACAGCAAAGCAUGAUGGUGUGAAGGCGGCUAUAUCUGUCCAUAAGACAGACGUGUCAGUUACAGCAGGCUCAAGCUCGACGUAUAGAGCAGAGAUGGUGAAGAAAAGUAGGUGGGAUCCAGCUAAAUACUGUCCACUUCACAAUAAAGCUCAUCCUCUGGAAAAAUGCAGAGCCUUUCAAAUGAAGCCGCUGACAGAGCGCAGAAAUUUGCUGAAAGAUCACAGACGAUGUUUUAGGUGCUGCUCUGCUACUCACAUGGCCAGAGAAUGUCCUGAGGAGCUGAAAUGUAAUGAGUGUGAGAGUGACCGACACUGCACGGCCAUGCAUCCAGACGCUAGCCUCUCACCAGCAGUGUCACCUGCGACUGAGCCAGACAUAGAGCCGCAAAACAACCAACCUCCAGUGGUAACUUCAAGGUGCACUGAGGUAUGUGGAGAUGGCCUCCCAGCACGAUCUUGCGCAAAGAUAUGCUUGGUGCAAGUUUUCCCACAGGGACAAAGGGAACGCUCAGUCAAGAUGUAUGCUAUCCUUGACGACCAAAGCAAUCGCUCCCUGGCUAGAGCUGAGUUUUUCCAGCUCUUUGGCAUCCGAGGCACCCCUUCACCCUACUUGAUGAGAACCUGUGCUGGUACCAUUGAAAUGACUGGAAGGAAGGCAGUUGGUUUUCAGAUAGAAGCAUUGAAUUGUGAAGUGUGUUUAGAUUUACCGCCACUCAUUGAAUGUAAUGAGAUCAUGACCAAUCGUUCAGAAAUCCCCUCACCAGAGGUUGCUCUUUCCCAUGCUCACUUAAGACCUGUGGCACCUCACAUCCCAAAGCCUGAUCCUGAAGCGCAGAUCCUGAUCUUACUAGGACGGGACCUCAUACGUGUUCACAAAGUGAGACAGCAAAUCAAUGGGCCACACAAUGCACCUUUUGCCCAGCGUUUGGAUUUAGGGUGGGUGAUAGUGGGGGAGGUCUGCAUUGACAGUGCUCACAAGCCCACUGUAGCUGUCUUUAAGACCAACGUCCUGCAAAAUGGAAUUCCAUCUUUUCUAACACCAUGUCAGAAACACAUCUGUGUUAAAGAAAAAGCGAGCUACGGCGGGGAGCACAGGCACGGCCUUUCUACCCAACAGUCCAGCUAUUCUGCCAUCAGUGUGCCUGCCGAAGAAAAACUUGGAUGCAGUGUGUUCAGGAGAACAGAGAAUGAUGACAAACCUGCUUUGUCUUUCGAGGAUGAAACAUUUCUGGAGAUCAUGCAGGAAGAGCUCCAGAGAGAUGAGAAGAACAGCUGGAUUGGUCCCUUACCAUUCAGGUCACCCAGACCACGCCUUCCAAGUAACCGAGCUCAAGCCCUCUCUCGCCUCCACUCCUUGCAACGUACACUGAACAAAAAUUCUGAAAUGAAAGAACAGUUUGUUGCCUUUAUGGAGAAGCUCUUUGAAAAUGGACAUGCUGAGGAAGCUCCCCCUGUCCCCGAGAAUGCAGAGUGUUGGUACUUACCCAUUUUUGGGGUGUAUCACCCCCAAAAGCCGGGUCAGAUACGGGUUGUGUUCGACUCGAGUGCACAAGAAUGUGGCAUCUCCCUAAACAACGUCUUGCUUUCAGGCCCCGACAUGAACAACUCCCUCCUUGGAGUACUGCUCAGGUUCAGAAAGGCGCUUGUUGCCCUAACCGCUGACAUCCAACAGAUGUUCUAUGGUUUUUUGGUGAGGGAAGACCACAGAAAUUACUUAAGAUUCCUCUGGCACAAGGAUAACGAUCUUAGUAAGGAGGUGGCAGAGUAUAGAAUGCGAGUCCAUGUGUUUGGGAACAGCCCUUCACCUGCAGUAGCUAUAUAUGGCCUUCGUAGAGCUGCCCAGGAAGGUGAACAGAAGUACGGCUCUGACUCUCGCCACUUCGUCGAGCGACACUUUUAUGUGGAUGAUGGGCUCAUCUCCCUCCCAACUGAAGCCGAAGCCAUUGAUCUGCUCAAGCGCACUCAAGCUUCACUGGCAGAAUCAAAUCUUAAACUGCAUAAAAUCGCCUCUAACAGUGUUGCAGUGAUGCAAGCUUUCACACCUGGAGAACUGGCUGCGGGCCUAAAAGACUUGGGCCUUGAUGAAGAAGUGCUUCCAGUACAAAGAAGCCUUGGUUUGUGCUGGAACAUAGACUCUGACACUUUCACAUUCAGAGUUGCAGUCAACGACAAGCCGUUCACCCGCCGUGGAGUGCUAUCCACCGUCAAUAGCCUCUUUGACCCAUUGGGCUUGGUCGCACCAGUGACCAUCAGGGGCCGAGCACUGCUCAGAGAACUUUCUGCUGACGUUCAUGAAUGUGACACUGAACUUCCUGCAGACAAGUUAAACAAGUGGGAAACAUGGAAAGAAUCACUGCACGAUUUGAGUAGCCUCCAUCUUCCCCGCUCAUACAUACAACAGUCCCUAUCCAGUGCCACAUACACAGAGUUGUGUCUCUUUUCAGAUGCUUCUAGCUGGGCUAUAGGAGCAGUAGCUUAUUUCAGGGUUGUCUUGACAGAUGGGCAGUGUAGAGUUGGCUUUGUGGUCGGGAAAGCAAAGCUAGCCCCUCAACCAGAGCCCACCAUCCCUCGCCUCGAACUAUGUGGCGCUGUGCUGGCCGUCGAGAUGGCUGAACUGAUCCUCGACGAGCUUGACCACAAGCCAGACGCAGUGAGAUUUUACUGUGACAGCAAAGUUGUCCUUGGCUACAUACACAAUAACUCUAAGCGAUUCUUUGUGUAUGUACACAAUCGUGUUCACCGGAUACGCAGGACAACCUCUCCCCAACAGUGGCAUUAUGUGCCUACGGAUCAAAACCCAGCUGAUCUGGCCACCAGGUCUGUGCCCGCGUCACAGCUCACCAACAGUAUGUGGUUUACAGGGCCAGAGUUCCUUCACAAACCACUUCUGGCCGAAACAAAUUAGUCCUUUAAGCUGGUGGAUCCUGAAACAGAUGCAGAUGUGAGACCUCAGCUGACCACUUUUGCUGCUCGCAUAAGUGAAUGUAAACUUACCUCAGGACGUUUCCAGCGCUUCUCCACUUGGGAGUCUUUGCUAAGAGCAGUUUCCUUCUUGAUCCAUCAAACUCAUUCAUACAGGUCUGACUCACCGACUACAUGCAAAAGAUGGCACCAGUGCAAUAAGCCACGUAGCCCAGAGGAACUGGCAGCAGCCAAGCUGGCCAUACUCAAGUCUGUACAAAGAGACACUUAUACAGAAGAGUACACUGCACUACAAGAGAAUAGAGCAAUUUCGAGAUCAAGUGCAAUCUUGAACCUUGAUCCCUUCAUGUGUGAUGGUCUCUUACGAAUUGGGGGACAUCUGAGAUAUGCAUCAAUUGAACCAGAGGUAAAAAAUCCAAUCAUUCUCCCAAAACAAAGUCAUUACAUUACUGGUGAAUCAUUACCACACAAAGGUGGAACACCAAGGACGGCAAUUCACUGAAGGUGCAAUAAGAGCUGCAGGCCUGUGGAUUGUUGCUGGUAAGAGGCUGAUAAGUUCAGUCCUUCAUAGCUGUGUCACCUGCCGCAAGCUGAGAGGAAAACUUGAGGUCCAAAAGAUGGCUGACCUCCCUCCAGAGCGUCUAAGCUUGUCACCACCAUUCACAUAUGUGGGAUUAGACGUUUUUGGUCCCUGGGAGGUGGUCACCCGACGCACUAGAGGUGGCGCAGCUCAGAGUAAGCGGUGGGCCAUACUUUUCACGUGCAUGAGCACUAGAGCUGUGCAUGUGGAAGUCAUACAGUCCAUGGAUGCAGCCAGUUGCAUCAAUGCCCUGCGAAGGUUUUUUGCCUUAAGAGGACCAGCGAAACAACUGAGGUCGGAUCGAGGUACAAACUUUGUUGGAGCCAGUUCAGAACUAGGCAUGAGACCAGAUGAUCCAAGUCAAACCAACACAUUGAGGUACCUACAUGAGAAUGGUUGUAUGGGAAUUCAAUCCCCCGCACGCAUCUCACAUGGGAGGCGUGUGGGAGCGCAUGAUUGGCGUAACCCGGAGGAUACUUGAUGCCAUGUUCCUGCAAACUAAACACUCACCUGACUCACAAAGUGCUCUGUACUCUAAUGGCAGAGGGGUCGGCGAUAAUCAAUGCCAGACCAUUAGUCCCUGUCUCUUCUGAUCCUGCCUCACCAAUGCUGCUGACUCCUGCUAUGCUCUUGACCCAGAAACCAGGUGUGCCUGCUCCAGCCGGCAGUUUUGAUAAAAAGGAUCUCUUCAAGUGUCAGUGGAAACAAGUGCAGGCACUUGCGAAUGAGUUUUGGACCCGAUGGAGAAAUGAGUACCUCCACACCCUUCAACCAAGGCGUAAGUGGCACACGGCAUGUCGAAACCUGGAAGUUGGAGACAUUGUGCUACUUAAACAGAGCCAAUCACAACGCAAUGAAUGGCCAAUGGGUUUGGUCACUUCUACCAGUCCAAGUGGUGAUGGGAAGGUCCGCAAAGUCGAGGUCAGGACAACAUCGCAAGACAAAAUAAAGACAUUCUUAAGGCCUAUCUCAGAUGUGGUCUUACACCUGGCAAAGGAAAGUCAAAGGUCAAGUUAGGAAAGUUAUGUUUUAAGUGGCAUCAGUAAUUGCCAGACGGGGAGUGUUCUGCCCUGAAUAGGUUUUAUAUUAAAAUACACUUAAAGUUACUGUUGAAACGUUUUAUUGUUGCAAAGGUAUUACGGAGCCUUUAUUUUGAAAGCAACCCAGUAACAGGAAGCACAUUGUGUAAACACAACGAGAGAAGACGUGAUGGCGUGUUUGUAUCACCGCAUGGCUGUUAAUUCUUGAAUAAUCCUUUGUGUGUGUAUCCCUCAGAAAGCAAUGACUGUAAGUGUUACACAUUAUUUACAUGUUUAACAAGUUAUAUUGAUUUAUAUUGACGAGUUUGCUGAUAUGUUUUCUAAGUUUGUAAGAAAGUAGCAACGUAAUGUGUUUGAGCCUGUAAGACAACUGUACCAUCAUAUACUUACCUGUUAUAUCGUAGAAAUCCAUCACAGCAUUUUUUGUAUCUUUCUUUUCUAGUUUCACUCUGAUUCAAUGCUGUCAACCUGACUUACCUGCUGUUGAAGAAGUCAAUAAAGGAGCAUGCACGCUCACUUCCUGGCUCUUGAAAAGGAGUUUGGCUGGCUGUUUAUCUAUGUUAACACUUUGGAAGUAUAACACAUAGAGAGAACAGUACAGGUAUCAAUACCAUCAUAACAUAUUGCUGACCAUAUAAUUAGCCAAAUGGCAAACAGGAUUACCCUAUGGACUUUUUAUUUUAUUAAAAUGAAAUUGCAAAUAUAACAAAACAAAUACAGUUGUGUUUGCAAUGUCUAUUUUGAUGCAUAGGAAAUCAAAGCACAUCUCAGUCAUUGAUGCUAGGUAACCAUCACACACCACAUUAAAGAUUACAUCGUGACAUGAUUUAAACAUUUAGGAAACAUGUUUCUUGUUCAUAGCAACGGUCAAUAUAGUUUAUGCAAGGCUCUUCAAAUAAAUGUACACCAAAUUAAAGAUUACAUUUAAAGACGCAGCCUUUUUUAUCCUGUAGCCCUACUAGCUGGCUGUAGGGCUCGGAUAGGCUACUAGCUGGCUAAAAUACGUCUGUGCACAUUUAUGACAGUGUAGUGUCUUAAAUAAAUCUGUCAAAUUAAAUUGCUACUGUACAGUUCUAAACGGGCUAUCCACUACAUUUGGGCUGAUACUAUACAUUUUUGUGGCGUAGUUUUAGUCCUACUUCUUAUUUUUAGUCUCUUAACCAUUCAAUGCGAGCUCUUACCUGAGGUAAAGCGAAAACUGCAACUUCCGCCAAGCACGACGGUCGGAAAAUCCGGAAAAAGAUGUACGUAACAUUGGCUUGUGUAAUUAACAAGGAUACAAUGCUGUGUUAAGGGCAAGAAACGUCACAGAUAAUUUUUUUAAAUCAUCGUUAGGGUAAAAACCUAAAAACGGACAUUACACUACUACCGGGAUAGGUCCUCUGACUUCCAAUGGGACAGGUGCCCAAGGCGUCUUUCAGCCCGUCCCUAGCAACCUGACGUAAUUGAAACAUCUGUCUAGCCAUAAACAUCGUUCUUAUAACUAUCAAGUAGGACAGAUAGCGUCUAUUAGAGCCGAUGUCGGGUUAAUACAUGAAUGACCGGAGCAGCUGCUCACAGGAAAUCCCAAGAAAGAAGACGCCAUAAUGUUGUUCAAUAGGAGAACAUUAUUAUAAGGUUACAUAAAUAUCUUAUUACACGGGUCUUUUCAAUGCCGUGGAACGCUCGGUUCACCCUUCACAACUUCCGGCGUGAAUUAUAUUUGAUAAUUCAUCGUUGCCAAGUAUAAUUGACCGCUGUCAAGGUAAACGAAGGAUUUGUUUGGAUACUACGAAUGCUGGUAACAAAUGAAUUGUAAAAAGACACACCAUGUGAAGUUAGUAUUUCGUUUAGGCAAGUAUCCGUGUAAUGAGCGUCGUCAUUAUCUAAAAUAAGCCGUUAUCGCCUGAAGGCAAUAAUUGUUCUAUACAUUAUCCCUUACAUAACCAGCAAAGACAAUGGUUUUAUACCCAUGAUUUAAACGGCAUGCGAGCUGCUGGUUUCAGCGUCCAUAGCAACCAUCAUAGCAACCAUGUUAUAAUCAUUAUGUGGAGACGACUGAAAUAUUCUUCGCCAUAACUAUCAAACAAAACAUCCUUCAUAUUCGCACAUUCGUAAAAUGCACAUUUCUCGAUAAAAAUGUUUACAUAAACACUUUUAAUGGCGUAACUAUGCUAAAAUACCAUAUUUUCCACCCAGAAUAAAAAGUAUGUCCGCCAUUAAAUACGGUAUGAUUUCUAGAUGUCAUGGCAACGUCCGCUCGCGACACUGGACUUGCGAGGCAUCGACGCAGACUUUUCAGAUAGCCAAAAACAAGACAAUAGAUGGCUAGAUAAAACAUCAAGACAUACAAUUCUAAAAAGAACAGAUGAAGCAUCUACCCUUUUUUCCAUCGCGGUUUGCCUACAGAGCAGCGCACCUGCAUUUAAUAUAUCCGUGAAUUAUCACAUAUCUCAGAAUCAAAGGUGAAAGUAGAAACGGGUGGCCAAAAGCUGUCAUAUUCUUAGUUAUCACAGACAAUUUUUAACAAUAAAUGUUCUGUACGGAGCUCCUUAAGGGACAAUAGGGAGAAAGCUCCCGGACAGAACCUUAGAUGGAAGUCGUGCUUAGUGACAAAUCACGACAAAUACUUCCAAUUGAUAUGCAUGAGUUUGAAAAUUGUGCUUUUUGACACGAACAUUUAGAAAAUACGUGUACCUGAUCACGUUUCAAUAGAUUAAAUAACGUGACAGUGUCACCUAUUUUCGUGAGCCCGGGAUGCCUGUACGCCGGCCAUUAUCGCCCGAUGAAAUAUUCUUCGUCAUAUCUAUCAAACCAAACAUCCUUCACAUUCGCCGAACGACGAUUAUGAAAGUAAAAUGCACAUUUCUCGGUAAUUUUUUUUACAUAAACACUUUUAAUGUACAAAUACAGAG